AUGGCACGUUCUCCGCAUUCCACGUCAGCAUCGAACUGGGCCUUCCAUGCAGAAUCCGCAGACAGGGACAGUCGGAGCCCGUCCACGGCGCCAAUCGCGGCGCCUGUUGCGCCGGUUGCGGCGUACAACAGGCACGAGGCGGUCGCGUUCACCGUUGACAUGCGCGGCGAAGGGACGGCAGGCGUUGGGCCAGCAGGAGGGGGUGCUGAUCCAGCUGAUAGCCUGGAGCAGGUACGGACAGCGGACGAUGGCGAGGGCAAUGCCGAGAGGGACGAGCGUGGGGAGAGGGUCGAGCGUGGGGAGAGGGACGAGCGUGGGAGAGAGAGAGAGGGGUCACAUCCUUCCUUUGCAACCACCCGCGCUUCCUGCCUAGUCCGCCUCCGCACGCUCAUGUGUCUGUCUGGCUCUCCGCCUCACAGCCCCGCCCCCCUGCGCCGUCUUGACGUGCGUGAUGCGCCCAUGGGAUCUUACAACCACCCCAACGGUCAACCCCAACAACCCUCAUAUCUUCGUUUCUCCGUUUCCCCAAUAACGGGCAUCCCUGAGGGCCAUUCUGCCUCUGACAGGCGAGGCGAGCGAGUCCGCGUCCAUUCUGAUGUUUUCGCGCCUUCAUCCAUCCGCCCAGGGUGCCCAUGCUGCCGCAAAGGCUCCGCCUCUGACAACUCGCUCGCCUCACAUCACAGCACCACCUGUUGCCCCAUCGCCAGGCAGCCCCCAGAACCUCACAACCCCGUCAACCCUCCCUUACCCCUCCUCCCCUCCCCCAUCCUUCUCUCACCCCCCCUCUUCCCCUCUUUUCCCCCUCCCCCCCCCCCCCAGCCCCUUCACACCGCCCUCCUGGCACCACUCGAGUCCCCAGAGCUGAGGGCCAUUCUGCACAAAUCCGCAUCCACGCUGCGAUUCGAGUCCAUUCGCCCGCCGCCGCAAGGGCUCCGUCCAUCCGCCGCCGCAAGGGGUCCGGAUCAGACGACUCCCUCGCCUCGCAGCAGCACCUGCUGCGCCCGGGGCGGCGGCAGCGUUGGGAGUGGGCGGCGCAGUUUGUCUCGGGCUGACAGUGGGGGGAGUGCGGGGAGCUUUGGCAGUGUGGGAGGGGGAGGGGGGAGUGGGAGUAACAGCUUGAAUGUGACUCCGGAGAGUAGCUUUCACCGCGGGGAUAUGUACAGCGGGAGUAUGUUCGAGGCCAUCUCAGAGGUGCCGCCAUCGAGCGAGGCAGCAGGGGAGGGCGAGGGGGGCGAGGGCGGGCCAGAUUCGGUGUAUCUGUCGGACUGGGUGAUCAACCCGCAGGCAUCGCUGUACCAGCAGUUCCAGGCGGCGCUGCUGCUGCUGGCCAUCCUCAUCGGCAUCAUUGAGCCCUUCAAUGUGGCGUUCCUCGACACAGAGAACGUCUUCACGCCAGUCAACGUCUUCAUCUAUUGCACCGACGCCGUGUUUCUGAGCGACGUGCUGCUCUCCUUCUUCGUGCCCGAGUUCCGAAUGGGCGAGUGGAAGACCAGCCUCGCCAGCAUUGCUGUCGA